AUGGGUCGAAAUUUGAAAGUAUUUUUUACUAUUCUGAUAUUUGUGGCGGAGACGUGUGAAGCUUUAGAUUGUACAAAACCUGAAGGCCCAGAAGCUACAAAAUGCUUGGAGAUUUUCGACGAACUUGGUGAAGCCGCGAACGGGCUUGAUAUUUCCAACAAGACAAGAACCACAAAAAUGCUCGAAAACUGUGAAAAGUUCAGCCGUUGCCGCCACACACUCGGUUGUCGAACCGACGGCCUUUUCGUCGGCGUUGCCAACGCAGCUCUUAUGUUCUGCGAGUAUGUUGCUUUCUUCUCCAAGCCAUUUGUACCUUGCCAGAUCAUUUUGGAUGCCAGAGCUUCCGAGUGCACGAAGAACUGGAAUCCCUUCCCGAUAGGAUUCCGGAUAAGGUGAAGAUGGCGGAAAUUCGGAAAGAGUCAUGUGAUAAUAUAUUCGGGAAAGACAAUUGCAUAGAAAAGGAAAUCAGAGAGACCUGCGGAGCAGAGAUGUGGAGGGGGUUCCGAGAGAACCAUCUAGCAAUGAAGACAUUUAUGGGAGGAUGCUAG